UUUCAUAAUGGACUUCUUCAACUCAGCUCUUGGAAAAAACAUCACUUUUGUGCGUCCUGAAUUUUUCAUAAUAAGUGGAUUUAUUGGCAUACCCAAUAUCAAUUAUUACUAUGUAUUCCUCUUUUUUGUUUACAUUGUUUCAGUGUUGGGAAACACUGCUGUGAUGGCCAUAAUAUACUUGGACCAUAGGCUGAGAACUCCAAAAUAUAUUGUAGUUUUUAAUUUAGCAUUUGUGGACCUGUGCGGUAGCUCUGCUUUGGUGCCAAAGGUUCUUGAUAUCUUUCUGUUUAACCAUCAGUACAUCCCCUACGCUGACUGCUUGGCAUUUCUUUUUUUCUGCUACACGAGUCUUUCAAUGCAGGUUCUUAAUCUAGUUGCACUCUCGUAUGACAGACUGAUAGCUAUCAUCUACCCACUGCACUACCAAGUGAAGGUGACCCACAGGUUCAUGCUGUCUUUGAUUGCCUGUUUCUGGGUCUUUGUUAUUACUGUUAUUCUUAUUGCAGUGGGCCUUCUAACGAGACUUUCCUUUUGUAAGUCUGUGGUUAUUAACAGCUAUUUCUGUGACCACGGCCAGAUAUAUCGACUGGCUUGCAAUGACAAGAAACCUAACGAUGUCAUUACUCUGUUUUUAAUAGUUGUAAUUCUUUGGCUUCCACUCACAUUUAUUCUGUUUAGUUAUUCGUGUAUUGGCUAUGCAUUGUCUAAAGUUGCCACAGUUCAUGAAAGAGUGAAGGCCUUUAAAACCUGCACAGCUCAUCUUUCGUUGGUGGUAAUCUAUUUCGUCCCCAUAUUAGUCACAUUUACUAUGACUUCAAAAAUAUCUCCGAACGCCAGGAUCCUAAACCUGUCUCUGACCUCUGUCUUUCCUCCAAUGCUGAACCCAAUCAUUUAUGUUUUGCAGACGCAAGAAAUCAAAGAAUCUAUGAAAAAAAUAUUGAAAUUUAGAAAGAAAUCCCAAAUUACAGUGAAGAGAGAAAUCAUGCAAUGAUUAUUUGUGUAUUUAAUUUGGACAUUGUUUUAAUGCCAUCAGGUUAACUUUUGUUUUGUUAACAUCUGCACACAUUUGAACAUUUAAUUCAACACAAGUUAUUCCAUCAAAAAUAAAUUAUAAUAAUUGAGCUUUAAAUAAAUAAACUAACUAAUAGAUAGCACAAAACAGUAAACAUUAGAAAUACAGUGUGUCAGGUUUAACACACCUACAAUGAGAGUGUUCUGCUAUUUGUUUUAUCUGUGCUUGUGUAUUAGGAGGAUAU